AUGCAGCAACUCUCCCAACUUGUGGCCCUCGCCAUGCUCGCCACCUCGGCUCUGGCCGGUCCUGUGCAGCCCAGAGCGCCCGCUACCGACUGCUAUAUAAACAAAGACACCGCCUGGUGGAUUCCCCAGGGAUCCCCUAACACGGCUCCCACGGUGACCCUUCGGGACAUUUGCAAGCAGGGCGGCGUUGGAGGAUGCCAGCAAAACCUCGGGCGGUUCUGUGUUCUCGGCGACCUCGCCUACUGCGACAGCCUCGAGGACACUCUCAGCGUCUAUCAGGCAUACAAGGGUGGCCACUGGGAGUUUCCCUCUGUGAUUCAGUGCGGCAACCUGGCUCUCAGCAUCGCUGCUACCUAA